AUGUCAGCCGAAGCGAGUCGCUACCGUGAAACUAACACCAUUUUUCGACCACACAACUCUUUACUACGCCCGAACCGGCUGGACGCCGGUGAUUGCACGUGCUGUGACCACGUGGAGGUCGCUGACCAUCUGCACGACUCCAAGCCGACACGCGGCGACUCCGAGGUCGCUGGAGAUCUACACGACGAUCUGCACGACUCCAAGAGGACAUCUAACGGUGGCCACAACCGUUUGCUACCGUUCAGACCACCCGAGAAGGACGACAUCAACGUGACUGACACGUGCCAAGACGGAUCGCCACGUGGACUGAAGAGGCUGCGCAACUGUUCGUUUCUACCGGUGAGUGUGCGCUUGGAAAGUCUCAACAAGCUGUGGGAUGUUUUGUGCACUACCUUGGUGGAAAUCAAAUCUCACAAAGACUACAACCCUGAGGAUGACCCUACCUACAAAAAGGACCGCGAAACGUUGACUGAAGGCUAUUACCGAGUAAAAUCCCUUCUACUGGACAAGCUGAAGGAACGACAGGAAGUUCCUUGUGAACCGACCCACAACGACACGAUUGUUGGGGGGACUGAUCACGCCCGUUUGCCUCAGAUCAAGCUUCCUAUGUUCAAGGGGAACAUCGACGAGUGGCUGAGUUUUCGUGACUUGUUCCUCUCACUCAUCCACUGGAAGUCUGACCUACCGGAUGUGGAAAAGUCCCACUACCUAAAGAAUUGUCUUGACGACAAACCCAAGAGGAUCAUUAGUGGACUUUCAACCACGUCGGUCAACUACAAGCUGGCAUGGGAUCGUUUGCAGAGGUACUACAACAACCACAAGGUACUUAUGCAGCGACUGGUGCAAUCGUUGUUUACUUUGUGGUAUUUAAAGGUUCUGGAGAGUUUGCCACCGAAAACUGUGAACAGUCGGGCUGUUCAACACCAACAACAACAGUACGUUCCCAAAUCCAUGGCAAAGAAGGUUAGCUACAGUACGGUGCAACAUGCUGGCUACUCGUGCGUGGCUUGUAAGGACAACCACUUACUCUACCAGUGUUCUGCAUUCCAACGGUUGGUGGUGUCGGAGAGGGACGCAUUACUCAAGACGCAUUCCCUCUGUCGCAACUGCUUCAGAACUGGUCACCAAGCCAAAAACUGCACGUCCAAGAAACCCAAGGUCCGACAACAUCCCACGUGGCAAACAUGGCAGCCACGAACCCAUCCAUGUCAGGCGCAGCAACACAAGCUGCAAGUGCUGUUGGCUACAGCAGUGGUCAUUGUCGAGGACGACGAUGGCAAUCGGUACCCUGCUCGCGCACUCCUCGACUCGGGGUCGGAGAGUAACUUCAUAUCAGAGCGACUGGCGCAGCUGAUGAAGGUCACGCGAGAAAAGGUGGACAUUUCCGUGCUAGGAAUCGGUCAAUCUGGCACAAAGGUUAAGCACAAGAUUCACGCAACGGUGCGCGCACCAAUCUUGGCAGAUCCAGCAUUCUUCCAGUCCAAGAAGGUGGACAUCGUCCUUGGCAUUGAAUGCUUUUUCGAGUUCUUUGAAACCGGUCGAAGAAUUCCCCUGGGAGACAAUCUACCAGCGCUGAACGAGUCGGUGUUCGGCUGGGUGGUAUCCGGUGGUCUCUCGGUUCCAUGCAACUCCACGCAGGUGAAGUGCAACGUGUCAACCUCAGAGAAGAUGGAAACUCUGAUGGCACGGUUUUGGUCGGCUGAAGACGUCGGUUUGGACGACGCGUUCUCUCCCGCUGAAAGACGCUGCGAAGAGAACUUCCAACACACGGUUCAACGGUUAUCCGACGGUCGGUAUUCCGUUUCCAUGCCCAAGGUCGAAGGUGGAAUCUCCAGAUUGGGCGAAUCCAAGGAAAUUGCGUUGCGACGGCUGCACGCAACCGAACGCAGACUGGCAAGGGACGCCAAUUUGCGGAAACAGUAUACAGAUUUCAUGGACGAAUAUCUGGAACUGGGUCACAUGUCCAAGGUCGAAGAAACAACUCCAACCCAGGUCAAUCGGUGUUUUCUACCGCACCAUCCGGUGGUCAAGGAGGCCAGUACCACCACCAAAUGCAGAGUUGUUUUCGACGCUUCAUGCAAAACAUCUUCUGGAGUCGCACUGAACGAUGUGUUGCUGGCAGGGCCGGUAAUCCAAGAAGAUUUGCGCUCUAUCAUUCUGCGGAGUCGGAUCAAGCCGGUUAUGCUUGUGUCUGACGUAGAGAAGAUGUUCCGUCAAAUCAUGGUCCACCCAGAGGAACGGCCAUUGCAAUCCAUUCUGUGGCGUUUUUCUCCGGACGAGGAAGUUGGCAUCUACGAGCUGAAAACCGUCACUUACGGCACCAAGCCCGCUCCAUUCCUCGCAACCAGGACGCUAAAACAACUAGCGACGGAUGAUGGACCUCGAUUUCCGCUUGCUGCACGGGCAGUCAACCAAGACACCUACAUGGAUGACGUCAUCACCGGAGCUGAGGACGUCCAAUCAGCAAUCGAACUUCGGAAGCAGCUAGACGAGAUGAUGCUACGAGGCGGUUUCAAGCUUAGGAAAUGGGCAUCAAAUCGACAGGAAGUGCUAGCUGGAAUUGCUGAGGAAAACCUAGCGAUUAGCAUGGAGGAAAUCAACCUUGACACGGACCCUGGAGUGAAAACUCUUGGUCUCACAUGGAUGCCGAAAACGGACACGCUAAAGUUCCAGUUCAACAUUCCCGAUUUGGACAAAGUGCCUGAGCUCACUAAACGCUUCAUUUUGUCAACAAUUGCCCUUCUUUUUGACCCUCUUGGACUGCUAGGACCGGUCAUCGUAACGGCCAAGAUUUUCAUGCAAUCUCUGUGGACGUUGCUGAACCCGAACGGAGAACGUUUGGAUUGGGAUGAGGCGGUACCUGAAAUGGUGGGUGAGGUCUGGAGGAGAUUUCAUUCACAGCUCGCUUUGCUCAAUGAACUUCGCAUCACUCGUUGCGUCAUCUGCCCUGAAGUGUUCAAGAUGGAAUUGCACUUCUUUUCUGACGCAUCUGAGAAGGCCUUUGGAAGCGGUGCGUAUUUGAAAAGCGAAGAUCCAAAGGGCAGGAUAUCCGUGAACUUGCUCACAUCCAAAACCAAGGUGGCACCGUUAAAGAGCCAAGCGAUGCCAAGAUUGGAACUUCGCGGUGGCGUUUUGUCUGCUGAACUCUACGUGCAAAUUCUGCAAUCGCUGAAGAUCAAAAUUCCAACCUUUUUCUGGGUCGACGCCAUGUGCGUGUUGUACUGGCUACAAUCACCACCAUCAACAUGGGUCACUUUCGUCGCCAACAGGGUGGCCAAGAUUCAAGCUCUCACGGAAGGCUGUGUCUGGGGACACGUGCCUGGAGUUGAAAACCCCGCAGAUUUCCUGUCACGUGGAGUCAUGCCAGCAGAUCUCAUCGACUUGGUACCAUUCUGGAAGCCAGGCUGGGUAAAGAAGACGAAUGAGCAACGCCAACCACAACCGAAGAUCGUGACGACGGAAGAAGCAGAAGAAGAGCGAAGAAACACUGCGGCAUCGGUAGCUGCAGCAACUACGGCUGAGUUCAACGUUUGGUUCAUCUCUCACUUCUCUUCGUAUCCCGAUCUGGUCAGGCGUACGGCGUAUUGGCUACGCUUGAAGGAUCUACUUCGCAUGCCCAAGGAAAAGCGGUUCAAAUCGGACUUGUUGACGGUUGCGGAGCUGAAAGAAGCAGAGUUCGCAUUAAUAAGGCUCGUUCAGAAGCAAGUUUUCGCUGAUGAAUGGAACAAACUAACCAAGGGAAAACCAGUUGCGAACAGUUCACCACUGCGGUGGUUCAACCCGUACAUUUCCGAUGAACAGCUCAUUAGAGUGGGAGGACGCUUACGUCAUUCAUUGGAAUCCGAGGACACGAAACAUCCCAUCGUACUUCCGGCUAGGCAUCAACUCACACGACUUCUUUUCCGACAUUUCCACGAGAAAUUGCUUCACGCUGGCCCACAACUGGUGUUGGGAGUCGUACGAUUACGCUUUUGGCCACUUGGGGGCAGAAGUGUGAUCAGAGAGGUGAUCCAUCACUGCAAGGAGUGUUUCCGGUCGAAACCCGUGGCUGUUCAGCAGUUCAUGGGAGAAUUGCCUUCUGCUCGGGUUACCACCUCGCGACCGUUCGCGCGGACAGGUGUGGACUACAUUGGACCACUUUAUGUGCGCCCAGCCCCAAGACGACCUGCAGUUAAGGUUUACGUGGCACUUUUUAUCUGCCUCUGCACCAAGGCUGUCCAUUUGGAAUUGGUAACAGACCUAUCCACAGAGCGUUUCAUCCAGGCACUUCGACGAUUCGUAGCCAGGCGGGGAAUCUGUGACGACAUUUAUUCCGAUAACGGAACGAACUUCGUUGGCGCUCGUAAUAAAAUGGCCGAACUUCUGUUGCUGCUCAAGGACCGUAAACAUCGCGACAUCGUCUCCAAGGAAUGUUCAAACCAAGGAAUCAAAUGGCACUUUAAUCCACCCAGUGCACCACACUUCGGAGGCCUCUGGGAGGCCGCGGUUAGAUCUACAAAGAAGCUAUUAUUAAAAACAAUCGGCGAAACACCUGUUACCGCAGAGGAUCUCAACACGUUGCUGGUCCAGGUGGAAGGCUGCCUCAACUCUAGGCCGUUAACUCCGAUGUCCGAUGACCCUAAUGACCUGGAACCAUUAACACCGGCACAUUGUCUCGUGCAGUCAUCGCUGCAAACAGUACCCGAUGCUGAUUUAUCAGCAAUCCCGAUGAACCGGCUCGACAAAUUCCAGACGAUGCAGCGCAUGCUGCAAGACUUCUGGACUAGAUGGCGGAGGGAGUAUUUGUGCCAGCUACAGGGACGGGUCAAGCGCUGGAAGCCACCAAUACAGAUCGAGGUCGGUAAGCUUGUGGUCAUCAAAGACGAGAACUCACCACCAAUGCGAUGGAAGAUGGGAAGAAUUUUCGAGGUACACCUAGGCGAAGACGGAGUGGUUAGGGUAGUAACGCUGAAAACCGCCGACGGCUAUCUCAAACGUCCGGUGGAGAAGCUGUGCAUACUGCCACUUCCGGAAAACCCGGAAGCCACCCCACGCACGGACUACCCAACGAACCAGGACCAGACCAGCCAGCCCAAAUCCGAUCCGGUCGAUGCUGGGGGCCACCAGAGCUGUCGAAGGCUAGGUUGUACUCCGGCUCCCCAACAGAAGGAUUGGGAGAACUUCCUGGAUACGAUUCGGGACCUCGACAAGAUUCGAGUGCCACGUAGGUUAGUGACUACGAACGCCGCUGCUAACGAGCUGCACGGGUACGCCGACGCAUCAAAGCACGCGUACGGAGCUUGCGUGUACGUGAAAUCGAUCAUCUCAGGGAGCCCCGCGGAACAGAAACUGCUGUGCGCCAAAUCGAAAUUGGUUCCAAAGACGGUGUAA